AAGCUGCGCAUUCCUCCUCGGACAGAAAGAGCUCCGCGUGCCCAUAUGCAUUGAUAACCCGAGACAUCCGUCAAACGCCCUCAAGCGCAGAACACGACUUCACGAGAGUCAUGUCGCUCACGCAAUCUGCUGCGGCAGCGAUGCUGACCGUGGUUGAUGCGCCCAUUGAAGUACAUGAGCCGAGUUGGGGGGAUCAAACGGACUCUCGCGACCUCUACACUCAGUUUGUCAUUAGUUUGACUAUCGGUCUGGGCGCUUUCCUUGCUUUCUGUGUUCUGCGACCGAAAUGGACCGAGCUGUAUGCCGCGCGGAGAAGACAGCGCUGCGCCGCAUCCCACUUGCCUGAACUGCCGGAUAGCUUCUUUGGUUGGAUACCUGUGCUGUAUCGGAUUACUGAAGAGCAGGUGCUUGAGUCGGCGGGCUUAGAUGCAUUUGUGUUCUUGACCUUCCUCAAAUUCGCGAUUCGGUUCCUCUCCGCCGUGUUCUUCUUCGCCUUGGUCAUUAUCCUCCCUAUGCAUUACAGGAAUACCGGCAAAUCGGGCUUCCCGGGCUGGGACGACGAUGACGAGCCUGUCGACACCUUUGAUGGCGAUAAGGACAAGAAGAAGAUUAUCUCGGACCCGAAUUACCUCUGGAUGUAUGUGGUAUUCACGUACAUCUUUACUGGUCUCGCCGUCUACAUGCUCGUUCAGGAUACAAACAAGGUCAUUCGCAUCCGGCAGCAAUAUCUUGGGAGUCAGACAAGCACGACAGACAGGACGAUUCGUCUCUCUGGCAUUCCUCACGACAUGGGGUCGGAGGAGAAGAUCAGAGAGUUUAUAGAAGGUCUACAAAUUGGAAAAGUGCAAAGCGUUACCUUGUGCAAAGACUGGCGCGAAUUGGACCGGCUAAUUGAUGAGCGGCUCAAAAUCCUUCGGAACCUCGAGGGGGCAUGGACGAAGCACUUGGGUUAUAAACGUGUCAAGGCUAACGCGAAUCGAUUGCCAUUGUUGCAGCAACAUGCGCGUGGAUCCAGCAUCGUUUCGGAGGAGGAUAGCGAGCGCAUACAGCUUCUCUCUGACAGCAUGCCAGAUCACGUCUUUGACUAUGCUCACAAACGACCGACUACCCGCAUCUGGUACGGGCCACUCAAGCUGCGCUACCGGAAUGUUGAUGCUAUCGACUAUUACGAAGAGAAGCUGCGGCGGAUCGAUGAGCAGAUCCAGCUUGCACGCCAAAAGGAGUACCCACCUACCGAGAUCGCAUUCGUCACGAUGGAGUCUAUUGCCGCCUCGCAAAUGGUUGUACAGGCCAUCCUUGAUCCGCAGCCAAUGCAGCUUCUUGCUCGGUUGGCACCAGCUCCUGCCGAUGUUGUGUGGAAGAACACCUACAUCCCUCGCUCGAGACGAAUGAUGCAAUCCUGGUCCAUCACAGUUGUCAUCGGCUUCCUGACGGUUUUCUGGUCUGUGCUUUUGAUUCCUGUGGCGUACUUGCUCGAGUAUGAGACGCUUCACAAGGUGUUCCCCCAGCUCGCGGAUGCUUUGUCACGGAACCCUCUUGCCAAAUCCUUGGUUCAAACCGGUCUUCCCACUUUGGUCCUCUCGUUGUUGACCAUCGCGGUGCCGUACCUUUACAGUUGGCUGUCGCAUCAGCAGUGCAUGAUGUCUCGCGGUGAUAUUGAGUUGUCCGUCAUUUCGAAGACCUUCUUCUUCUCCUUUUUCAACCUCUUCCUUGUCUUUACAGUGUUCGGGACUGCAACAACAUUCUUCGGUUUCUGGGAGAAUCUCAGAGAUGCAUUCAAGGAUGCCACCACCAUUGCCUUCGCACUGGCCAAGACGCUGGAAAACUUCGCCCCUUUCUACAUCAAUUUCCUGUGUCUACAGGGUAUAGGAUUACUUCCAUUUCGUCUCCUGGAGUUUGGGAGCGUGGCGAUGUAUCCCAUAAACUUUCUCGCUGCGAAGACACCCCGCGACUACGCCGAGCUCAACACGCCCCCUGUGUUCAGCUACGGAUACUCUAUCCCACAGACGAUUCUCAGUUUAAUCAUCUGCGUGGUUUAUAGUGUCUUCCCCAGCUCGUGGUUGAUCUGCCUUUUCGGGCUGAUUUAUUUCACCAUCGGCAAGUUCAUCUACAAGUACCAGCUUCUCUAUGCCAUGGACCACCAACAGCAUUCAACCGGGCGAGCGUGGCCCAUGAUAUGUAGUCGUGUGCUGAUGGGCCUGAUUGUCUUUCAACUCGCGAUGAUUGGUGUCCUGGCAUUGCGCCGAGCCAUCACCCGCUCUUUACUUAUCGUUCCCCUCUUGAUGGCAACUGUGUGGUUCAGCUAUUUCUUCUCGCGUAACUACGAGCCCCUGAUGAAAUUCAUUGCGCUGAAGAGUAUCGACCGUGAACGCCCUGGUGGAGGAGAUAUCUCGCCUUCUCCAUCGUCGACUUUCUCGCCGCCAUCUGGUCUCGAGCGUGAUGCCUUCCCGAUCCGAAUUGGUGGUCAAGAACUGGGGCUUAGGCUCAAGAAAUAUGUGAAUCCGAGUCUCAUCUUGCCCCUCCAUGAUGCUUGGCUUCCGGGACGCGGCACAGCCCCAGGAUAUCAGGGAGACUCUGGUGUCCAGGAGACGCCAAAUGUCGCACCCGACGAGAGUGUCUAAGGCUUUGCGGGCAACCCCAUUCUGGCAGUAUGCCUCGCAUAUCUCAUCCAUGCCCCCUGCACAUACAGCCUCCCUAUACCUUGUUUGUAUUUCCACGGCUCGUCUCUCAUUCCUCUCCUUGUGGAUGACGCUUGAUGAUCUAUGAUGCUACGCCCACAAUAUCUACGAGAUAGCCAUAUUCUCUGACUUUGAACUUUCAUGUUAUACGUAUCGACCGCG